AUGUUAAAGGGCUCUUCUCAGAUGGGUACGGGGCCUGAUAUUUCUCCUAAAAAUGUUGUUGAAGAUUCUCCUCCUACCUCUAGUGAGAUGGUUCGUUUGAAUCCAAUCAACGGUUCGGAGUUGUCAAAUGUUGUUGGAUAUGCCCUUGUUGUUGGUUUUGACAGGUCAGAGGGUGUUGUUCAUGUGUCUAGGGAGGUUGUUGGAGUGGUCCAUGUGCCUGUUAUUUUUUCCAGGGGUGUUUCUGACCCAGGUUCUUCUAUGCCCGCUGGAGCUUCGUUGCUUGCUGGCUAUCCCUUAGUCGGUGGUUCAGAGGUGUCAAAUGUUGUUGGAUCUGCCCUUGUUGCUGGUUUUGAUAGGUUUGAGGGUGUUGUUCAUGUGUCAAGGGAGGUUGUUGGAGUGGUCUAUGUGCCUAUUGUUGUUUCUAGGGGUGUUUCUGGCCCAAGUCCUGCUCUGCCUGUUGGAGCUUCGUUGCUUGUUGGCUAUCCCUCAACUGCUGAUUUUCCUGUGUUAAAUUCAUUGGAGUGGAAAGAUGAGGUUGCUAAAGUUGAAGAUGGUUGGAUAACGGUAAAAGUUACUUUUGAAUCUGUUCUGUCCACUUUAUCUAAUGCAAUGUCGUCGUCGUGGUACAGGUUUCCCGACGACCAGUAUGAUCGCCUGUGGGAACCUCUUCAGGUCACGUUCAGAACACAUAUGAGCACAAAUGACUCCUUUUUUGGGAGCAUAAGAAACCAGCCACCUGUAUCUGUACUAAAGACUGCUAUUACGUCCUUUUUAGGGGAAGAUCAGUUGCUUGUUUCGAGCUGGCAUAUUCUUCCCCAGGGCAUUUAUUAUUUUGCUGUUUACUUGUGCAACAUCAAUAAGACAAGUCUUUCAGGGAAUAACACAUUUCAGAUCUUCAUUGGCAAUGUUCAAAUUGCAGAAAUAGUCGUUCCUGAGUAUAUGUACUGUUUGUCACCAGAAAGUCGUCUAGAGUUUAGCACAACUGAGUCUAUAGACAUAAGAAUACGUUCACAAGUAGGAUCCCACAUGAGGCCGUUCAUAAAUGCAGCUGAGGCAUAUCAAAUAGUAAAAAUCACCAAUAUGACACACGCCGGAGAUGUACUCGCAAUUAGAAAAAUAGCAGAUACAGUGAAUGUUCCAGAUGAUUGGACAACAGGAGAUCCAUGUUUACCUUCAGGUUUACCAUUAACCAGUGUUAUAUGCAAUGAGGAAGAUCCUCCACGAGUGAUUAUUGUGAAUUUAACAAACAAAGGUCUCACUGGCAACAUACCUCCAAGCAUAGCCAACUUAACAGCAUUAAAACAGUUGCUGUUAGGCAACAAUAAUUUUUCAGGUUUUAUUCCAGACCUCAGCACACUGAUGAACCUUACGUCAUUGCAACUGCAAAAUAAUCAACUGACUGGAGAUAUUCCGAGUUCAUUAGAGAAGCUUCCCAUGUUAAAUGAGCUGUUUUUGCAGAACAACAAAUUAGAUGGAGAUGUGCCACCUGGUUUAGUUAAGCCUGGUUUAAAACUCCAAGUUCUUCCUCAAAGAUUUAUCAAUGGAGAUAAAGAUGAUCCAAAUGAAUUUCAAAAAGUGGUGGUAGAAUAUAGUGAAGAAGAUAUUAAAGCAGCUACAAACAACUAUUCUACGAUCAUUGGUAAGGGAGGCUUUGGCACUGUGUUUUAUGGUCAACUAUCAGGAAACGAUGUUGCAGUAACUCUCCUUUCAAGGGUACACCACAAGAAUCUUGUAAAUCUUCUUGGGUAUUGUAGACAGCCUAUAGUUGCCUUAGUACACAAAUUUAUGGAAUAUGGAACAUUGACGAACCAUAUACACGGCUCUGCUAAACGAGAGAGACCACUUGAUUGGCAAACUAGGAUUAAUAUUGCUCUACAAGCUGCUGAGGGUUUGCUAUACCUUCAUGAGGGUUGUAGCCCUCCUAUCAUACACAGAGAUGUUAAAUGCACUAAUAUACUUUUGGAUAAAAAUAUGUCUGCCAAGAUUACUGACUUUGGUUUAUCAAAGCUACUGCAAAACUCUCGAAGCCAUGUAACAACAGAAGUCAAGGGCACCCUCGGCUAUCUUGAUCCCGAAUAUUAUGGAAUGUCGUCAUUAAAUGAAAAGAGUGAUGUCUAUAGUUUUGGUGUAGUUUUAUUGGAGAUUAUUUCUGGAGUACCACCCAAGGAGGGAAUUGUUGAAUCGGCUAAAAGGUUGCUUUCAUGUGGGGGAAUAGCAUACAUGAUGGAUUCUUUGUUGGGUGGCCGAUAUAGUUUAGAAUCUGCAUGGAGAGUUGCAGAGGUUGCGUACAAUUGUGUGGAACCAAGACCAGUAAAUAGACCCACUAUGAAUACUGUUGUGAAAGAGCUAGCAGAAGCGAAGGCACUUGUAUCACAUGAUGGCAUUAAACCUACAUCUUUAAAAGUACUUGAUGACGUGCCUGAAGCUCGCUAG